AUGUUAGAAAAACUUUUUAAAGAUAUACAGCUAUUAAAUAGUAAGAAUCAAGACCAAAAUUAAAUUCUUUCAAAUUUAUUUCUUAAUAUCAACACUAUUAAUUAGUAAUUAGAAGAUCUAAAUAUUUAAACAUAAACAUAGAAUCUGCUUCAUAAAGUUAGAGCUGAAGUCUUUAACCAAAUUUUAGAAUUUAUUGACUUUAAAGAUUUUUUAAAUUUUAGAUUGGUCAGCCAAAGAGGUAAUUCGAUUGUUAUUUAUUUGAUACCAAAUCGGAUUCCAUAGAUUUAAUAAUAAUUAUCAAUGAGAUUAUCAAAGAUUAAAGAAUAUAAAUAAAACAAUCCGCAGGAUGAAAGUAUUCAGGAUUUAUUGCAAAGAAAAUAACGUGCAGAUUUUGGCUUAAAUUCAUUGUGCAAAUAAGAUAUAUCUGAAAUUAAAAGAAUGGCUCAUCCUCAUGUAAUAAUUGAAAAGGUAAUGACAAUGGUUUGUGUCCUAUUAGAUUAGAAAUUUAAAGGAGAAAAUUCAAAUUGGGCAGCUUGUCAAAAGAUACUUGAUGAUAUCUAAUUUUUAGAUUAUCUUAGACAUUUAGAUGUUGAUUUUAUCACAUUCACUAUCAAUUGAAUAAGUUUAAAG